CUUCGACCCCCCAGCGCCUAUCACGGACCAACCCAUUCGCGUUCAGAUCCUUCUAUCGACUUCGGUCUUGUACUGUAACAAGGCAUUCCUCGGUGUCAAGUCUUGCCACCGACCUGCAGGACCACCCAGUGACGACCUCAGCGAGUCCCACCUGCCCCUCAACUGCCCUUCCCCCUUCUAAACGCACACAGUCGUACUUUCCAACCGCACAGGACAUGUGUCCUGGUGUCCCGUAUUGCCACCUGGCGGCGUGUUGCCCCAUGUGGAUCAGCAGCAACGGCCGUCAUACCGACUGGGCAUACUACGGAGGCGGAGGACACCACUACUGUGCUCACGAGGAUCGCACAAUCGGUGGCCGCGUCGUACAGUCGCACGAGGGUGGCUUCGGUGGCUAUGUGAACAUGCGCUACGAGUUGGCCGGUAACCGGCAGCAAUGGAUGAUCGACGCGGCCCCUGUCCCGGCCCCGAGCCGGCCCCUCCCGACUCCGAAGCCUGUGCAGAUUCCAGUGACGGUCGAGGUUCCCGCUACGACGUAUACCCACACCUACACCUAUACCACCCCAACCAUUCCUUGCACCGGCAUGCCGAGCUUCUGCUCGUGGAUCAAGCCGGACGCCUCCAAGAUAGCCGCCGACGCCCUGGUUGCCAAAGCCAAGAGAGAUGCGGCUGCCAAGGAGCUCGCCGACGCCAAGGCAAACUACGAGUCCAUCCUCGCAAAGAUCCACGAGGGCAAGGACGACGAGUGGGCACGCUACUGGGCGGACCUCGCCCGUUACUAUCGUGAGCUGGGGCAUCUGACCGAGGCCAAAGCGGUUUCUGAGAAGCGGCUCGCUGCAUUCGACAUCAACAACUUUUGGGGAUGGCCGAAGACUUAGCAUGAAGACUCGCCCGUCCGUCGGCGAGGUGGAAGUGGGGGCAGUGACGGACAGAGGCGAAGUCAACAACGAUCGACUUGCGAAAGGGACGAUUAGCAUAUGGAGAGGCCGAAGGGUCAUUCCCGGAAUCCUCGACGGUGUCCCACACAAGUGAAGCCUGGAUUGGUUGUAGAUACGUGUUGUACUAUAUGCAUGGAUCGUUUUAGGCAAGAA